ACGCUGGUGGUAUCGCCUCUGUUGGCCUUGGUGAAAGACCAACUGGAGUUCUUGCAAGCCAAGGGGAUUAAUGCCGCCAGUAUAGAUUCCACGCUCACGCCUGAGCAAAGCAAACAAACCAUGCAAGAUGUGCGCGCGGGUAAAAUUAAAAUACUCAUGGUGUCGGUUGAGCGCUUCAAAAACGAACGUUUUCGGCAGUUUAUUCGCAGUGUACCGAUGUCUAUGCUGGUGGUGGAUGAGGCUCAUUGUAUCUCGGAAUGGGGGCAUAACUUUCGCCCUGACUACCUUAAAUUACCUCAGUACCGACAAGAACUCGAUAUUCCAUUG